AUGCGCGUGGCAGGGAGGAACGUUUGGCCCUCAUGGGCAGGUCUUUUGGCCUUUGGCCUGGCAGGGUUCUCGUCUGUUCAGGCGAUCCAACUGGAUGCUAGCAAUGAUGAGUCCGUUAAAAAAGCUGCGAAGAUCGUCGCGACCGACAUGAUGAGCUACUACACAGGGUAUCGCCCCGGCGACAACCCCGGUAACCUCCCAGAUCCAUACUACUGGUGGGAAGCCGGCGCCAUGUUCAACGCAAUCAUCGACUACUGGUUUGUAACCGGCGACGACGAAUACAACGACUGGACGAUCCAGGGUAUGCUGUGGCAAGCCGGCGACAACCUGGCCUUCAUGCCGAACAACCAGACCAAGACGGAAGGCAACGAUGACCAGGCCUUCUGGGGCUUCGCGGCCAUGUCUGCUGCUGAGCGUAACUUCCCUAAUCCGCCGAAAGACCAGCCUGGAUGGCUCGAGAUGGCACAAGCGACGUUCAACACGCAAGCGCCUCGGUGGGAUACCUCUUCUUGCGGUGGGGGUCUGCGCUGGCAGAUCUUUACGUGGAACAAUGGGUAUAAUUAUAAGAAUACCAUCUCCACUGGUGGAUUCUUUAAUCUUGCUGCGCGACUGGCGAGAUAUACUGGCAACCAGACGUACGCGGACUGGGCUGAGAAGGCUUGGGAUUGGACUUAUAGUGUUGGGUUCAUGACGCCUGAGUACCACUUUUGGGACGGGGCGAGUGAUCUCAAUAAUUGCACGGAGAUGAAUAAGAUCGAGUGGACAUACAAUGCAGGUGUCUACCUUCUCGGUGCGGCGAACAUGUACAAUCUGACCGAAGACCAAAAAUGGAAAGAACGCACCCAAAAAGUCCUCGACUCAACCGACGUCUUCUUUACCAAGUCAAACAUCAUGUUCGAACGCGCCUGCGAAACAGUCAACACCUGCAUGGUAGACCAACGCUCGUUCAAGGGCUACCUUGCCCGCUGGAUGGCGGCGACCACGCAAAUGGCCCCCUUCACCUACGACCAAAUCAUGCCCAAACUGAAAGCUACUGGUGAAGCAGCCGCGCGAACAUGCACCGGUGGCCCGAAGGGUAGGUCGUGUGGCAUGAAGUGGACGGAGAAAAAGUGGGACAAUACCAGAGACUUUGGGCAGCAGAUGGCUGCGCUCGAGGUGAUUCAGUCGAACCUCGUUACUCGUGUCGCACCGCCUGUUACCGAUGACAAUGGUGGUACCAGUAAGGGUGAUCCCAGUGCAGGUGGUAAGCCCGAACAGCCGAAGCCUGAUGCGCUCUCGUACGAGAUCACGACAGCGGAUCGGGCGGGCGCGGGGAUUUUGACUGCGAUGAUGAUGGUUCUUGUUGGUGGGUCUGCGGGUUGGUUGUGCUGGGAUUAG